CACCUAUGAUUCGUCACAUGCCGCUUAGGAUCUAGUCGACGCAAAAUCCCUGACGCAGGUCAUUUGAUAUUGAGGUGUACGUGUAGAAUUUCUUGGGAUAAGUGACCCGAACUGUCAUUUCAUACAUAUCAUGUUUAUUUAGAAAAGCGCAGGGAAACGGGAACAGAUUGCAAUGCGAGUUGUUUCCCCUCUCUAUACCGUUGUCCGGAGUUGCGUGUUGAACGCUGUGACGAAAUCACAACUGGAACGUGUACGGUUUGUGUCUACCAAAAUGCCGAGCGUCUCACCCCCACCGCAGAGCUUGAUGAAGCCCAUGGAUUUUCCCCACAAGCUGUUGAUGGGUCCAGGCCCUUCCAAUUGUCCACCACGUGUACUAAACGCGCAAUCCUUUCCAUUAUUAGGGCACCUGCACCCCGAAUUUACUCAGAUAAUGGAUGAAGUAAAAGCUGGCAUUCAGUAUGCAUUCCAGACCAAAAAUACAUGGACUGUUUGUGUUUCAGGAACAGGCCAUGCUGCUAUGGAGGCGGCCUGUGCUAACCUUCUGGAGCCAGGGGAGACCGCUCUGAUCUGUGAGAAUGGACUCUGGGGUCAAAGGUUUGCAGACAUGUGUACAAGAAAUGGAGCUGUUGUUCAGAAAAUAAUCAAGCCAAUGGGACAAGUAUUCACACUCCAGGAUGUAGAGGCUGGUCUACAGCAACACAAGCCGGCAUUAGUGUUUGUGACUCAUGGUGAAUCUUCAGGGUCAACACUCCAGCCCUUGGAGGGACUGGGGCAGCUCUGUCAUAAAUAUAACAGCCUCCUAUUGGUUGACUCAGUGGCAGCUUGUGGAGGGGUACCACUCUUUGUUGAUGAGUGGGAGAUAGAUGCUAUCUACACCGGUGCUCAGAAAGUGAUAAGUGCACCACCAGGAGUCAGUCCUGUGUCCUUCUCUGACCAGGCCAAGAGUAAAGUAUUAAACAGGAAGACACCGGUGAGGUCCUACUACUUUGACAUGUCCCACCUGGCCAACUACUGGGGGUGUGACGAGGGACCGAGGAGGUAA